CCCCAAUGGAAAAAAACAGGUGCCCCCAAUACAUUAUUGACACUCAAUUAUAUAAGGCUAGGUGGAAGUUUUAUACUGCCAUAUGCAGAUAUGGUGGAAGUUUGACAAGGCCCACAGGCCACAUCCUACCAGUACCACUUAAUUUUAAUCUUUUUACAAUUUUAUUUUUUUUAAUUAAAUUCAUAGAAGCUCUCAUUAAAAAAGAAGUAUGACUAGUCAAUUGAACCAAUACACAUUUAGGCAAUACGGCCCACCUACCUAAGACCUCACUUUCAAUUUUUCAAAUCCCUAAUUCCCUAUCCUUCUUCCGUCUACCGAAGUGCCAAUUGGGAGAGCAAAGCCAACAAAGAAUGAGCAGUAGUGCAUCAAUGGUUAAUCCGGCUUUGUGAUAAUAAAUUCGACCCUCUGCCGCCAACGUAGUAUUGCAAUCUUCUCCGUCUCUUUAUCUUUGUAUCUUGAAUUCGACUUUCCGAUUAGUCAUUCACUAUAUCUUUUGAGAUAAACAAUGCUAACAGGAUUCUUUAAAAGAAAAUCACCGCCUACUUCCAAUCAAAGCGGGGAUGCGGGGCAAAGUUCAAGUGCUAAUGUAUCAAAUAACACCCCUUCUUCAUUGCCUAGAGAAAUCGAUUUGAAUGAUCUUCCUUGGGAUCCCGCAGAAAGGAAAAAAAAUUCAGCAUAUCAUCCCAAUCAAAGGGAUGAAAUAAGAAGAAAAUACUUGCUUAGGGGGCCCUGCCAACCUCGUGGCCAUGAUUUCCCUAAAAAAAUUAUUGGUAAAAAAUUGCGGCGUUUUAAUUCUGCCUGGUUCGAUCAGUACGGGAAUUGGUUAGAAUAUAGUGUAAAAGAGGACAAAGCAUUUUGCUUGUGUUGUUAUUUGUUUAGAGAUAACUAUGAAAAUCAAGCAGGAAAUGAUGCAUUUGUAACAGAAAGCUUUUCUAGUUGGAAUAAAACUGAAAGAUUAGCUGGCCAUGUUGGUGUUGUUAAGAGCUUUCAUAAUAAAGCUCUCGAAAGGUGUGAAGAUUUGAUGAAGCAAGAUCAAUCAAUCAGUGUUGUAAUAAAAUGUAAUAUAUAUUUUGUAUCAUGGUUACAUUGGAUUUUUGCAUCUUUGAAUUUAUUUUAUAAUUAUUUGAGUUUUUCUCACUUUUGCAUACUUGGUGCCCCCAAUAACUAAAUUUCCUGGAUCCGCC